AUGUUAAGAUUCUCUCUAUCUGUCUGUCUAACUCUUUUCUGUUUGAUUUGGGGGAAGUGCUCACUCAACCCCACAGGCUUUAUAAACGACAGGGGUUUACUGUCUGUUCAUGUGGGUCACAGGACAAGAGAAGACAGAGGAACUUUCCGUCCAGCCAGCCAGGGAGGGACAAUGUACUCUCUCUCAUCGCUGUGGCUGUACACGGCCCUGCCAGGUCUGCUGUGGGCCUCACAUGUCAGUCUGCUAGUGGAGGGGGACAAUGACGCCUCCAGGAUCUGCAAACCUGCCCCCCACUGGGAUAUAAAGGGACAUGCACCCAUGAAAGAACAGCUGGGAAAAGUGGUGGUGGUGGCUCUGCUGAAGGCCAGCUGACAGUUUUGUCUCACUCAGGCCUCCAACAUCAGAGGCCUGCGUACCAGGCUGAACCGUAGCAACCUGACACAGGUUUCCUUUAUGAUAGUAAAUGAGCAAGAGGCUCAGUCCAGAGCCAUGUACUGGAUGCUGAAGAGAAGAGCGCCACCUGGUGUUCCUGUGUACCAGCAGGGUCCCUUUCAGGAUGAUGUGUGGGAGGCUCUGGAUGGUGACAAAGAUGACUUUUUGGUCUAUGAUAGGUGUGGUCUGCUCACCUAUCACAUAGUGCUACCUUACAGUUUCCUGCAUUACCCCUACGUAGAGGCCGCAAUAAGAGCUACUUAUCAUAAAAACAUCUGCAACUGCACAGCUAAUUCUACCUUGUCAAGUGUCAACCAGACAACCACAGCACCCACAGUUCAAUUGGACACUGUCGAUCCAGAGGAUGGAGACACAGCUCCUGGGACGACUCAUCACCACAGCCACGAUCAUCAUCCUCAUCAUCCUCAUCAUUCUCACCACCACCACAAUCAAACCAGUCAGCAGUCCCAACACCAGCACGGUACAAGUCAGAAUAAAACUCUUCUUCAUGUCAGUCAUCACCAUCAUCAUCCUCAUCAUCAUCCUCAUCAUCAUCAUCAUGAUCAGCAGCAGCAAGCUGAAGUGGAUAAUUAGGAUGAAAGAAAAAUUACUAGUGUUUGUAUUUGUUUUCUUCUUUCUGUCUAGUAUGGGUUUACUUUGUCUGGCAUAUAUUUUGAAUUUAGAGGCAAACAUUAGUUCACAGAGCAGCUGAAUCUGUUUAAGCAGUAAUCAGACUGUGGUUUGUCAGCUAGCAUCUCCACACCUCACUCCUCUGUGUGGGCAAGGCAGCCUGUCCUACCCUGUCUCCUCCCAUUAAUGAAGUCUAUGGUGUAAAACCUGCCUGCGGGAGGCUGUAGACAGAUGUGUGUGGAGAGACUGGAUGGACCGAUGGUUCUUGUUACCCAGGCAGAGUAAGAGGAUGUUGCACAUUGCUGCCGAGCAACCCCCAGUCAGAUUGCUGUCCAAGCAUUUUCCUUCCUGUUUAGAGUGUGCUUCUGUUAAUCCUGUCACCUGCAGGGUCUAAAACAUUGCCAGCUGCAUGUAGGUGCUGUCUUUUAUUCGUUUGAAUGUGUACAAACAUUUUGAGAAGUGGUAAGAUAAAUCAGAUUAGUAUACUAAUCCAAUGAAAUCAUUAGAUGUAAUAAAUCAAACCAGCAAACACAGUGUUUUUUUAGUUGUACCUGUAGUAAACUAUAAAAUACAUUGAUCCAUUUAAUCAAUUUUUCACAUUUGCAUAUUUACUUUACUUUGAAUGUAGAAUGAACCUUUAUGUUGUAGUCCUCCAUUAAAACGAAUAUCAUUCUGAAA